UCUACCCCUUUCUCACCUUUCCUCCACGAUCGAAAUUGACAAAUACUCAGUCUACUCGUAAACUUCAUCGAGAGCUAAUGGGAAUGAUGAUCCCUAGACAGGAGACCCAGCAGAACCCAGCAGAAGAUGUCCGAGCUCUCAUAGCUCGUAAAGAUGCCAUUGAGGCCGAAAUCGCUGUUCAGAAUGAAAUUCUCAAAUCUAACUCUGCUGACUUCACAACAUCCCUUGUUGAUGCGGAAGGAUUUCCGAGGAACGAUAUCGACAUUUGGGCUGUGCGCCAUGCUCGUGUACGGAUUAUCGAGUUGCGGAAUGAUUUCAAAGCAAUACUGGACUCAAUCGCGGUUGCUUUGCAAUCGAUAUACGAUCCCUCACUUGCGAAAGACAAUGAACCGCCAGUGAGCCAGCCAGCGCCCAGUCAAUCGAUACCCAGUCAACCAGAACCCCGAAUACCGUUUGCAAGAGUAGGCGGCGUCGCCCCAGGAAGUCCCGCCGCUACUGCAGGCCUUCUAAGAGAAGAUUUAGUACUAUCCUUCGGUUCAUUGACGAAAGCCUCUUUCGCCACGAGCUCACUACAGCCCCUGGCUGAUUUCGUUUCUCUGCGAGAGAAUUUGAAUAUUGAAGUUACGGUUGUUCGUAACGGUGACGAGGUCAAUUUAAAUCUCGUACCUCAGAAAUGGGGUGGACGUGGUUUACUUGGUUGUCAUCUGGUUCCUCAUUCAGCAUAAUACCGACACCUUGAAGCACUUAUUCUCUCUGUAGUGAUAUAAUGGACAUUGUAUAACAGCAACAAGUUCAUAUUUGUAUCCAUUCCAACGUGUUUGUGUCACAUAUUACAGCCUCCACGAUCAUACAUAAGGUGUACAACAAAUGUGCAUGUGCACAUAAUCCAUGUAAAGGUUCCUCCAAUUAGACCAAUGUCCUUACCU